AUGUCCCAACCAACCAACACAAAGACACCUACUCCCUCCAACCCCUCGUCUCUAAAAUCCCGCUAUGAAAUACGUAAACUGGAACCCAAACACAUUCCCUGGGCCACAGCAAUUGUGGCUCACAGCCAUGCUUUCCAUUCAUCAGUCUGGCAGUACAUUUGGCCAGACCGGGUACUCGGCCGCUGGGCCUUGAAAGGUGCUUCACAGAUGGAAUAUCUCGUAGAACACCAAGUCAACUCUGGGCUCUCAUACGGUGUCUUUGACACGGAAUACAAGUUCAAAACCAAAGAGGCUGAAGAAGUUGGUGGGAAAUUGUUCUGGGAUGCGAAUGAGCCAGAAGAAGCUAGUGUGGAGCAAACCCAAGGACGCAAAGCAGAAGGCAUGCGAUUGCUCCAACAGAUGGAUUUUCCACUGGUCAGUAUAGCUCUAUCGUAUGAUGGAUUCAAUGGGCUUGAUCCCGCAAGGAUGGGACCGCUGCUCAAAUUGUGGCCUGAGUUUACUGUGAUAUACGGUACUCUGGAGAAGCGCGACCCGAGAGGUCCUUCGGAGUGGAAACCUACUGCACCGAGGCAGGUGUUGAUGCGCAAUGCCACGUCUACACGCCACGACUAUGAGGGCGAGAAAAUUGCGUCUGGUGCGGCGCGUUGGUUGAGGCGCGAGGCAAAGUUGAUGGGCUUCCGAGGCAUUCAGAUCGAGUGUAUGGCAAAUGCUGUAACGUAUCUUUGGAGUGAUGGUGUUGAGGAGCCGUUCAAGGGAAGGGUGAUUAGUGAGUUUGACACUGAGACUCUCGAGAUUGAGAAUGGGGACAAGCCGUUUGGGUUAGUGAAGCAGAGGGUUACCAAGUGUUGGGUCGACCUAUAA